ACCUGUGGGACUCCAGCUCUGCAGGAGAGGCGGGCAGGGAGGGACGGAGGGAGCUGCACCUUGCUGCUCUCUCCUCCCUUUGAGCUUCCUAGUGCUCUGCCUGUGUGGAGGCCUGAGGCAUGGGGACCAGGGGAUGGACGCUCUCCACCUUCCUGGGAUGCUGCACAUGGAUUCUGCACGGGCUCGGGGCUGUUGCUGCUGUCCCUGUCACUACCGAUGGGUCCUUUACUGUGGGGACAGCUUUCCCCAUGACAACAGAGGACAAGUGGCCCCAUACUACCCUCACAACAGAGAUGAGCUCCACAGCAGCUGAUGCUGAGACCUUCCCUCCCUGGACUGAGACGGAUCCAGUGACGGUGACAAGCGAACACAGCUCCUCGGUGCCAGCUUUGGUGAAUGGGACCCAGGCUCCUAACACCACUCAGAGUACUGAGGGAAAUUCCUCUGCUCCCAAUAUGGCCACAACUGCUGCUGCCAUCACCGCACAGCACCCUGCUGUCACCCCAGAAGCAGUGCAUGAUGAGCUAGAUGUCCCUCCUGAUGUCCCUCUGGGGACCACCCCUGUCAUUGAGGAUGUCAAGGACAUCCCUGCAAACAGAGGAGGAGACACAGACCUCAGUACUGGCACUACAUCCCUCCCCACCACCUCUCCACUGGCAGUCACCUGGGUGCCAGAGCCAACUGCUGGUGUCACUGUGCUGCUGAGCCAAGGACUGACCACAGCCCAGGAAGCAGUCGAGGAAGGAGUAAUCCUGCCUGAAGCUAUUCAAGGUGAAGCCAGUGCCAACUCCUCAGGCUCCAGUCCUGAUGCCAGGGAGCUGCUUCCAGCCCAGCAGGAUGGAGCAGUGGGCAGGGCUGAUGGCAUUAACCCAGAGCCAGCAGGAGAAAUGGCCCCAGCUGGUGAGGAAAGUCCUUUGGCUUCAGAAUCUGGAGAUGCAGGAGAUGCAAUAAAUGGUGAAUUCAGCACAGCCAGCCCAUCCAACGUUCCUCCAGAGAGCCCAGCGAUGUCAGGAACAGUGGAAAACCCUGAGAAGUCCUCCCUCCUCCCUGGCCAGGCACUGAGCCCAGACAUUUCACUGACACCAUCCAAUGGUGGGGAUGGGCAGGGAGUUCCUGGGGUGUCAUCAGAGCCUUCUGGUUCAGCCUUGUCACCUGCAGCCAGCAGGGCACCAGUGGCACCUGAGGAAACAGAAGACACUGCCACCUCACUGCCAGCCCCAGGGGUUCCCACUGAUGCAGAGAGCGACACAAAUCUCCCGGUCUCAGCCACUGCAGUGCCCUCAGGUGACGUGGGAGCUGUGGAUCUGGCCAGUCCAUCUCUCCAGCCUGCCCCAUGGCAGAUCCACACUGGAGAACAGCCACCACUGCUUCCUGAUGCUCUGACAUCCUCCACUGACACCCCCAGUGCUCCUGGGGCUGCUUACCCAGCCCCAGAGGCUGGAGCCAGAGCCCUGCCUGAUGCUGAUGGUGCAGCAGAGACACCAGCAAGUCCUGACCUCGCUACUGGCCCAGAAGCAGCCGUGUCUCCAUCUCUCGGGGAGUCACAGUCCGCUGGGAUGCUGGCUGGAGCUCCCCAGGAGGCCAAUGGACUUGGCACUGGCUUGAGCUCAGAUUCAGAUGCCCCCAGCCCAGAGCCUUUUGUACCUGAUGGACUGACAUGGCCCACUGCUGGGAGCCAGGUUCAGGGAGCUCAGGGGGUAGGGGACACGGCACAGGCAGGAGGUCCAGGGGAUACCAGUCCCUAUGAAGACAUCCAGAGUGACAUGAGUGCUCCAGCCCUUCAGCCCUCAGUAUCUCCUGCUGAUAAUGGAGAGCUGCUGACUGGAGGGACAGAGGACUUGGCAAAUGCUGAACUAUCCCCCCCAUCAGCACUUGGAGAUGGAACAGGAGGAGCCCCAGCACUGGGACAAGGGUCCUUGCCUGGCUCUUCACCUCCCAGCAAUGCUGGAAUGAAGCCUGAUCUCUCAGGGCCAGAAGGAACAGGGGACCUGCCCGGUGAAUCUGCCAGUGCUCCUGGGGCUGUUCUCCCACCCCUGGGGUCUGUGGCUGGCCCAGUGUCUGAGGCAGAGACACCAGUGAGCCCUGACCUCAGUGCUGCCCAGGGAGCACCUGGGUCUCCAUCCUUUGGUGGGUCUCAGCCAUGGGGAACAGCAGCUGGUGCUCCCGUGGGAUCCGGCCUCCCUGGAGCCGAAGGGCCAGACACCGACUCGACUUCAGCAUGGGAUACCUCCAGCUCAGCAGUCCAUGGGCCGGUAGGACCCCCAUCACCUGGCCUUGGGGACCAGCUUGGCACAAGUGUGGGGCUGCCAGCAGCAGAAGAGCAAGGAGCCAGCACAGCAGAGCCAGCAGUGGAAGGAGCAGGCAGUGGGAUUGAGUCUGAGCCAUCCCUGAGCUCCACUGCAGGGAAUGGAAUAACAGCUGGGAUGGAUCAACUGCCCAGUGCCGGUUUCCCAUCCGGUAUUGCCUCUCCCAGUGAUGUGGUGGCACCUUCUGUGUCAAGGGGUGAUGAGGCAGGACCUAUGUCAUCUGCAGCCCCUGGCCCUGACAGCCUGUCCCCAGCCUCUCCAGAUGGUGAAACUGUCCCAGGGCUUGGUCUGGUGCAGGGGGCAGAGGGUGCAGAGGAUGUAGCUCAGGCAGGAAACCCAGAGAGUGAAAAUCCCAACAUGGAGACAAGUUCUUCAGCUGUCAGCCCUCAGCAGGGUGAACUGCCUGGUGCAGGUUCCUCAUCUGGUUCAGCCUCUCCCAGUGGUGAUGUUGCAUCCUCCUCUAUUUCAAAUCCAUCCAGCCUGGGUACACUUGAAGGAGCAGAGAGUGCUGCUGAAGGUCUUCAGCCCUCCCUGGGUCCUGGCACUGGGGUCCUUCCAGCUGCAGGAGAAGGGGCAAGUGAAAGGGCUGGUGAUGGAGGGUCCACGGGCCAGUCCCAGGCUCCUACUGGAAUGGGACCAGCUGGUUCAGAAACCCUUGGUGGAGAAACAGGAGGUGUGUUGCAGUCUGCAUCUUCUUCCUUGUCUACAGAGGGGUCUUCAUUACCUGGAUGGGCAGGUGAGGCUGCUGAUGAAACCAGCCUUCCUGGAGCUGCUGCAGCUGGUGGUGGCUUGAACACUGGCAUGGAGACUGCUGGCCCUCAAGAAGCCUCUCUGCCUGCCCCUGGCACUCAAAGUGGUGCCAAUACUGAACUUUCUGAUGGAAAACUGAGCAAAGUCAGUGUGGUGGAGGUGCCAGGAGGAGCCUCAGUGAAUGGGGGACCUUCCCCUGGUGCCAGCCUGGUCCCAGCAGCUCCAGACAACAGCGGUGUUCCCAAUGGCAUGACCACCUCGGUGGCUGCUUCUCUGCUUCUCCCUGGACAUGGGCUGAGCUCGGGGCUGGCACCCAAUGGGGACCCUGACUCUGCACCAAGCACCCAGAGUGGGAGCAGCCCCCAGCUGCCAGGCUCACCAGGUGGGCUGUCAGAAGAAGCUGGAGCUCAGUUGUGGUCUCCUGAAGAUGAGGUGGCCUCAGGCAUGCCGGCACCUUUGGGAGAAGCGUCCCCUCGUGCUCCCAUAUCCCCCAAUGCUGCCCCGGUGCUGCCUUCUGCUCCACAGAGAGGAAAUUCUGCAGAGGGGGUGGCUGCCAGCCCUGGGCUUUCAGCACGUGAGUCGAUAGUGGGGUCUUCUGCAGGGGGAAAGGGAGAGCUGGGGGCUGCUGUGCCAGAGGGGCCUGCCUUGCUCCUGCCUCCCUGCCAGCCAGGAAGCCCUGGAGCCCCCUCUGGGGAUGCCAACAGCCCUGUUCCUGGAGAAGGGAGUGCUGUGCUCCAUGGAACCAUGACAGGGCUAGGGGAUGUUACCCGUCCACUUCCCAGUGCCACUGGGUCUGGGGCACAUAUGGAGACUCACUCCCCACCUGGAGGGAGCCCAGGGCUCCCUGGCCUUCCUCCCACUGGGAUCACUGCUGGCAGUCCCGGAGCAAAAACCCUGGGGCCAAGACCUGCUGGUGGCUCAUCACCCGCUGCCCUGCAGCCGUUCCUGGGCAGGGAGCUGACCACCAGCCUGGCAAACAGAGGCCCUGCCACCUCUGGGCCAAGCCUUUCUGGAGCCUCCCCAGGCCAGGGGGGAUCCCAGGGCAGGUCCCCAGCCCCUGCCAGCCCAGCUCCACCAGCCCUCCUGCCCAGGGGCAGGGAGGUGCUUCCCAGGCCAGGAGCAGCCACUGUCACCUCCCGUGCAUCGUCCCCCGUGGUUCCAGCUCCACCAGGAGUGCCAGCAGCUGUCCCAACCCUGCUGCCCAGUCCCACAGUUCCAGCUGUGCCCCUCUAUGGGUAUGGAGCAAGGGAAAAUGAUCAGGAGUACGUGGAAAGGAGAGUGGAUUUUAAUUCUCCACUUUUCAAACCUGAGACUGGAUUCCCAUUUGGGAAAACCCUGCGCAGCUCUCUCUACUUUACAGACAAUGGACAGAUCAUUUUCCCAGCCUCAGACAACAAUGUCUUCACGUACUCCAACCCUCCUCCCAGUGGCUUCAAUGGCCAUGAAGAGGUCCCCAUGAUCGCUGUAUUUUGGGACAAUGCUGACUUCUCCAGAGGUGUCGGCACCACCUUUUACCAGGAGUUCUCCACCCUCAACACGGCCAAGCCGCCGUUCGUCCGUGACGUGGAAGCGAAGGUCCGGCGGUACAUGAGGUCCUCCUACUCUGCAGCCUGGACCCUGAAGAUCACCUGGGAGAAGGCACCUGUCUACGCAGCAUGGACUGACACCCGCAAGACAGUCACAUACCAGGCUGUCCUGACCACUGAUGGCUUCAGGUCCUACAUCCUGAUGCUGUACCAGGAUGGAGGCAUGCAGUGGGAUUACACCAGGCUCACUUCCACCGACGUGCUCAUCGGCUACACCAGCGGGGAUGGCUUUUACUACAACGAUGACCUGACUAAGAGACCUCCAGCUGCUAAAUAUCGCCCUGACCAGUUCAGGGGCUACAACACAGACCUCCGUGGGCUGUGGAUCUACAAGCUGGAGAGCCGUGUGGGCAACAACUACCGGCUGAAGUGCCUGGCAUGGACAGGGCAGCAGCAGGAACCCAGGGCAUGGAGCCAGGGCCUGCCCACCUGCCCCUGCUCCCUGCAGCAAGGGCAGCAGGACCCACGCUUCAAGAGCAGCCGUGGAGGCAGGUGGGGUGCCCGUGUCUCCAUGCUGCACUCAGCCUCCCCCAACCAGCACGGUGCUGGUGUUCGCUGCCUGUAUGACAGCCAGGACCAGCUCAUCGAGGGGCGGCAGGAGAGGUACUGGAGGUCCUCCAGGCAGGCGUCACCCUACCGUGACCAGGAGCUGAAGCUGUACGACUGGUGCUGUAAUCGGGCGGGCAGUGCCCACCUCUGCGCCCGCUACAGUGAGAAGAGGCCGAAGAUUGGCUGUGAUGGAUACCAGUCACCCAGCACGGAUUCCUCGGAGGAGGCAGAGAAUGACUCAGAUGAGCAGAUAGAUGGAGAGGACAAGUAACUGUGAGGUUGCACACCCGCAGCACAUUCUGGGCCAUGGCUGAUCCUCCAAGUGCUUUGAUCUGCUCUUCCCCAGUGUUCCCCCACAGAACCCAUCACCCCUGCCCACCAGGCAGGGCAGCUCACUUGGCCAGUGCCUGCAGUUGCCUGCCCUGGCACAAGCUCACAUUUCUAACCCAGACUUCUCCCAAGGAUUCAGUUGCUUUAGUUGCCCUUUCCCAGCUGCAGCUGGGGGGCAGAACUGGAGGGGAGGUGGGUAGGUACCCCCCACUGCACACACCACCCUUGUUCUUCCUACAUCCCACUGUGCUCCCAUGCUGCAGGGUAAGGCUGGACCCCUGGCACCCAGGGAAAGGGUUAAACACCACACAGGGGUUGACUGUGGCCAAGCCCUUAAAUACCAGGGUGCACCAGUCUUGUCCUGUGAGCCAGUCCUGUCUUGUCCCCCACUUGUGUAUCACAGCCAUCCCUGAGUGGUCCCUGGGCCCUGUAUGCAGGAGAAGGGACAAUUCUCCAGAUCAAGCCAGAAUCAGAUCAGUGUGUCUGCUGGGUGUGUGAGGGCAAAAUGCAACCCCAUGAUCAGAAAUGUUGGAAGAAAAGUAAUUUUUUGUGUGUAAAAGAGCAUCUUCAUUUCUUAAAAAAAUUAAAUCAUUGUCAAAUCUCAUUUGUUCAAUAAGA